CCUUGUGCGGUUGCUGGGCAUUCCGUUGCGAUCGUUCGAAUUGACAUUUACGUGAAUUUAUAUAUUUAAUAUAAAUUGUAUCACAUGAACAUUUAAAAUCGAGGCGUCACGUCUCUCGUUCUAAGUGAAUUACUUGACGCAGUUUGUUUUUCCAACCGACGCAUUGGCUUCGCAGUUAGCAAAUCGAGCGCAAUUAAGUUUCCACACACACGCCACACACCCACUUGUGUUGUAGUAUAGUGUGAUUAAAAAAUACUGUGGCUCUUGCAAUGGGCAAUUUGUGAUAGUGCGGCUCUUGAUUAUCUACAAAAUCUAAACGGAAAUAACAAAAAUUGCAUGUGGCCCAGGGUCUGUCAAUAACUACAACAUAAUUGUAUUAAUAUUAUUAUUAUAAUAUAAAACUGUGUAUGAAUUAAAAGCGUAGCAGUAAUAAAUUUCUGGUCAACAGCUGUGGCAAUAAAAUGCAUUGCACAUCGUAAAUUAGUUUCGCUUUUGGGCGGAACGAAUGUGGGCUAAGACCGAUAAUUCGGACAGUUUUAUAAAUUGACGACAGUUUAUCUAGCGGAAAUCCCAGAAAAAUAAUCAAAACAACAACAACAAUAACAAGAGCAGCAGCAUGGAAGCUGAUAUAAUAUAUAAUCAGCAUAUACAUGAGGAGCUGUUGCCUGGCGCCGAAGAGGAAGCCGAAUUUGAACGUCUGUAUGCGGCUCCCGCGGAAAUUGUGGCGCUGCUUUCCAUCUUCUAUGGCGGCAUUAGCAUAGUGGCCGUCAUUGGCAACACGCUGGUUAUUUGGGUGGUGGCCACCACACGACAAAUGCGCACCGUUACCAAUAUGUAUAUUGCAAAUCUGGCGUUUGCGGAUGUCAUUAUUGGACUAUUCAGCAUACCAUUUCAGUUUCAAGCCGCGCUGCUGCAACGCUGGAAUCUGCCGUAUUUUAUGUGCGGCUUCUGUCCGUUUGUGCAGGCGCUCAGCGUGAAUGUCUCCGUGUUUACGCUGACGGCAAUUGCUAUCGAUCGACAUCGGGCCAUAAUUAAUCCAUUGCGCGCACGUCCCACCAAGUUUAUAUCAAAGUUCAUAAUUGCGGGCAUUUGGCUGCUGGCGCUGGUCUUCGCAGCGCCAUUUCCCAUAGCGUUUCGUGUGGAGGAAAUAACCGACCGUUUUCGGGAGAAUGAUGUCUACUUUAAUUUGACGCGACCAUUUUGCAUGAACAAAAACCUCUCCGACGAGCAACUGAAGGCGUAUCGUUAUGCUCUGGUCUUUGUGCAAUAUCUGGUGCCAUUUUGUGUGAUUAGCUUUGUCUAUAUACAAAUGGCUGUCAGAUUAUGGGGCACACACGCUCCGGGCAAUGCACAGGACUCGCGUGACAUAACGCUGCUCAAGAACAAGAAAAAGGUCAUUAAGAUGUUAAUUAUCGUUGUGGUCAUCUUUGGAUUAUGCUGGCUGCCGCUGCAGCUCUAUAAUAUAUUGUAUGUAACAAUACCGGAAAUCAAUGACUAUCAUUUCAUUAGCAUUGUCUGGUUCUGCUGCGACUGGCUGGCCAUGAGCAAUAGCUGCUAUAAUCCCUUUAUUUAUGGCAUCUACAAUGAGAAGUUUAAGCGUGAGUUUAACAGACGCUUCGCCGCGUGCUUUUGCAAAUUCAAGACCAGUUUGGAGCCGCACGAACGGACCUUUUCCAUGCACACUCGCGCCAGCUCCAUACGGUCGACCUAUGCCAAUUCCUCGAUGCGUAUUCGCAACAAUUUCUUUGCGGUUCGGAAUGCAGGCAAUGGAAAGACGGGCCUGAAUAUUGGCCGGAGUGCUUAUCAAGCCAAUGGCAAUGGCACUGGCACUGGCAUUGCUAAUGUCAAUGAGACCAGCAGCUACAACAACAACGGACACCAAACCGUGGUAACAUUUGCCGGCAGUGGGUCAACGAUGCCGCCAUGGAGACGUAAUCAGUUUAAGCCACUGCAUCCGAAUGUGGCUGAGUGCGAGGAUGAUUUGGCGCUUAUGGAGCUGCCGUCGACCAACGAGGAAGCGCCGCCCAGCAUGGCGGAAGCGGGUGUGCCACUGGCGCUGUUCAAGGCCGAAUCUCGAGAAAGUUCCAGCUGCAUUUGUGAACAGGAAUUCGGCAGUCGAACGGAAUGCGAUGGCACAUGCAUUCUUAGCGAAGUAUCGCGAGUGCAGCAGCCCGCAACAAAGGGGCCAGAUGGCGUCGGAGGCAUUGGCUCCGGUUCGGAAAGCGAAAUUUUAUGGCAGCCACUUUAGAUAGCGCCAAUGAGGCAAUUGGCUUUGACGAUUUUCUCUGUGAUUUCGAAAUUAUGAAUUGUGAUUACAAAUACAAUGUUAGGUAUUCUGAA